UGUUUUAACCCGGUCACACCGUUGAGAAGUUGUGGAGGGUUUUCUCGGUUGCCAUGGAUUUCUAAAAGCGAUUGACAGCGAUAGGGUCCCUUUCUCUGAAUGUCUUUGUAAGAGACAACCUAUACUUUAGCUUUUUUCAUUUUUUUUUCUGGGGGAGCGAUAGCGUCCACGGUGAGGAAAGCGUUCUCGUGUCAUUCUAGUUCCGUCGGAGCGCACGUUUUGAGAUUCAGUAGCGAUAAGUAUCUCAGGCGGCUGUAAACAAAAUUCAACCUCCGCAAACUGCUUGAACGAUAGGACCUGCUCUUUAAAAAAAAACAUGGAAAAUGUUGAGGACAAGCCUUGCCAAACUGGUCAAGACCCAGCACCAUUUGUCAUCUUGGAGGCCCUUCGUCUUCGGCAGGACAUAGUUGUGAACUGAGAGUGGGAAGAGUGCAGCUCGUGUCACUUCCUCCACAAUGAACUCCGAGAUGGUUGUCUGCUGUGGCGCGAUGAGGAUGAGGUCAUCGAUGUGGAGCCCAGGAUUGGCUCUCCUGACGGGCGUGGUCGUCAGUGUCUGUGCCUUUCACCUCACCACUGCCAUUGACAUCCCAUUGGAGGUUUUAGGUCAUGUAAACAUUGAGCAGCUGCCCACCAUCACAGAGGCCUCCCCCAGCUCUCUGAUCGCCUUCCCCUUCGAUGAGAGCUUCCCCAUGACGUGUGAAGCCAAAGGGAAUCCCAAGCCAGAAUACCGGUGGACAAAAAAUGGGGAAGAGUUUGACCCCUACCAGGACCCGAGGCUGAUCAAGGAGGACAACUCUGGGACGUUUGUGAUCCCCAACACUGGGAAUCUCACAGAAUACCAGGGAACGUACCGCUGUUACGCCGAGAGCGUAUUAGGGACGGCCAUAACGGAGGAGAUUGAGUUUGUUGUGCCCCACGUUCCUAAGUUUCCCAAGGAGAAGAUUGAUCCCAUCAAGGUGGAGGAGGGUCACCCUGUCAUUUUGGAGUGUAACCCUCCUAAAGGAAUCCCUCCUUUACAGAUCUACUGGAUGACCAUCGACCUUCAGCACAUAGAGCAGGAUGAGAGGGUGUCCAUGGGUCUGAACGGUGACCUGUUCUUCUCUAAUGCUCUGGAGAAGGACAGCCGCAGAGACUACUGUUGCUUCGCCGCCUUCCCCAGGAUACGCACCAUCGUACAGAAGAAUGCCAUGUCGGUCAUAGUCAAGAGCAAAAAUUCAAACAGUGACUCAAGUAGCAGUCCUGGUCGUGCCAAUUCAAUCCUGGAGAGAAAACCAAGCCUUCUGAUGCCCUCUGGUGUCAAGUCGGAGACACAGCUGGUGAAAGGUGACGAGCUACUACUGGAGUGCAUUGCCGAGGGCUUUCCAACACCCAAGAUUGAAUGGGUAAGGAUGGGCCACAGGCUGCCCGACAGAGCGACGAUAGAGAACCAUGGGAAACUCCUGAGCAUUGACCGGGUCAAUGAGGACGACAGUGGGAAAUACAUGUGUAAGGCUAAGAACAUCCACGGAGAGGCCAACCACUCCUUUGAUGUAUCAGUGGAAGAGCCUCCUAAGUGGGUAUCUGAGCCUGAGAGCCAGCUUAGUACGAUUGGCUCAGACGUGCAUAUCAAGUGCUCUGCCACUGGCACUCCUCAGCCCACCAUCCAAUGGAGGGUGAAUGGAAAACCUCUUAAGGAGGUCCCAGCAUCGAACAGAAAAGUGUUGGACGACACCAUUGUCUUGCACAACGCCAAAUCGAUUGACAGUGCCGUCUAUCAAUGUGAGGCUUCCAACAGACAUGGAACCCUACUGGCCAAUGCCAAUAUCAUGAUCAUGAAUCUGCCUCCUAUGGUCCUGACAGAGGAAGGUCUGGAGUAUUCAGCUGUGGAGGGAAAGAGUGUAGUCAUGCACUGCAAGGUGUUCAGCUCUCCGCCCUCUAUUGUAACCUGGAACAAGGAUGACUCAACAGGGUCUGUGGAGGGACCAAGGUUUACAGUUCACCAGAAUGGAUCUUUGGAGAUCCAUAAUGUGGAGAAAGAGGACAUGGGCCAAUACACAUGUUACACCAAGAAUACUGAAGGGAAGUCUGCUAUAACUGCCUUACUGGAUGUUAAAGAUCCCACAAAGAUAUUCCAGGCCCCAGAGGACUUGCAGGUCCUAAUAGGAACCACAGCCCAGCUCUCCUGCCUGGCGGUGUACGACAUCUCCUUCAGUGGCGACUUUGAGAUCGUGUGGGAGAAAGACGAUAUGGAGAUAGCACUAAACCACACUGAGAAUUCUGGAUAUUUCUUAGAGGAUGGCAUACUGCAGAUCGUCAACGUCAGCCACAGAGACCAGGGCGUGUACAAGUGUGUGGCCAGAACUCCAGUGGACCAGGACACUGCCUCUGCACUACUCAUAGUGCUGGAUGUCCCCGAUGCACCUGAGAACUUGGUGCUGUCUGAACACAAGGGCAGAAGUGUGAAGCUCAAAUGGAUCCCUGGGGAUGACCACAACAGCUCAACCACUGACUUCAUUAUUGAGUAUGAGGAGAGCCAGUGGGAGCCAGGGAACUGGAACGAGCUUCAGAGAGUUCCAGGAAAUCACGGUUCGGCAGUCCUCAAACUUUAUGGACAUGUUGACUAUCGCUUUCGAGUGUCUGGAGUCAACGCGGUGGGUAGGGGGCGUCCCAGUGAGCCCACAGAAAGAUACAAGACCCCUCCUGCAGCCCCUGACAAGAACCCUGAAAAUAUUAAAAUCGAAGGUCAUUUGGCACAUGAAAUGGAUAUCAACUGGGAGCCAUUGUCCCCCAUUGAACACAAUGGGCCAGGCCUUGAAUACAAGGUGAGCUAUAAACGGCAGGAUGUGGAGGAGGACUGGCACGAGCAUGUGGUGAAAAGACACUCGUUUGUGGUGAAGGGCACUCCCACGUUCGUGCCCUAUGAGGUCAGGAUCCAGGCGAGGAACUACCAGGGAUGGGGACCUGAACCCAAAGUGAUGACUGGCUACUCUGGAGAGGACUUUCCCUCCGCGGCCCCUGAUGAUGUGGAGGUGGAGGUGAUGAACAACUCGCUGGUCAAGGUCAGCUGGACGCGCGUUCACAAGGAAAAGCUGCAUGGACAUCUGGGAGGCUACAGGAUAAACUGGUGGCGGCUGCGUAGUCUGCUGGACUCAAAGAAGACUCACGGGAACAAACACACGCUGACAUUCCCGGGGGACAGGAACCAUGCCAUGGUACCAGGGCUCGCGCCCUUCUCUGAGUACAGCCUCAUCGUCAUGACCUUCAACGGGCGAGGCAACGGGCCAGGCAGCCACGCCGUCAACUUCAAAACUCCCGAGGGAGUUCCAGAGGAAAACCCGGUUUUCAGGGUCACAGAUGUUCAGAAGCACACCGUCGCUCUCACCUGGGCACCUCCUCUGGUUGCCAAUGGAGUCGUCACAGGAUACCGGCUAGAGUAUCAGCUAAUCAACGACACAGAGGAGGUGGGUGUCCUGCAGUCGAUGGACAUCAGCAGCCCGGACACCACCUCGUGUGUCCUGCGGAACCUCGAGGCCGUCAGCAGGUACAAGUUCUACCUGCGCUCCUGCACCAGGGUGGGCUGUGGGCCCCAGGUCAGCGAGGAGAGCACCACCACACCUGUAGCGCUCCCAGCCCUGUUGAAUAUUAGUUCCUCAGUUAGUGACAACUUUGCAAAUAUCAGCUGGAUUCCGGGAAGCGAGCAAACCGAUUCAGAGUUUUAUGUUGCAUAUGUGAACAACCGUAAAGGUAACUGGAAGAUCUCUGAGGCAGUAAACACCUCUAAGACUUUCCACAUCAUUGAGGGGCUGGAGCCUGGGACUGCGUACACUGUGCGCCUUAUGACUAACAACUGGGUUGAUAAUUCUAGUAUUUUUGAAGAUGUAAUCAGGACCAGGGAUAAAGGUCUGGCAAGCAUCCAUGGAGGAAUCUCCACCCAGGGCUGGUUCAUCGGGCUGAUGUGUGCCGUGGCUGUCCUCACACUCAUUGUGUUAAUCGCCUGCUUUGUCAACAGAAAUAAAGGAGGGAAAUAUGCUGUAAAGGAGAAAGAGGACCUCCACCCAGACCUUGAAUCCCAGGGUAUGCAUGAUGACACCUUCUGUGAAUACAGUGACAACGAUGAGAAGCCACUGAAGGGCAGCCAGCACUCUCUGAGCGGACAGAUCAAAGCAGAGGACAGUGGGGACAGCCUGGUGGACUAUGGGGAUGAGGACGCCCAGUUCAACGAGGAUGGCUCCUUUAUCGGCGAAUACGCUGGACGCAAGGAGAAAAGGGUGUCCAUGGAAGUCAAAGGAACCACCAAUCAGAGCAAAGCGUAAGAGAAAGGCAAAGGGGCCAUCAUCCAUCCUUAGGACAACACUUUCAUCAGACUGGUCAGGGGGGGGGACUUAAUAAAGGAAGAACAUGACAUCCAUACCAAGCAGAAUCUCAUGUGAAAUGUAAUUUGUCAUUGUCAGCUACACUGCCAUCUUCAUUUUAUAAAGCUUGUCCUUUUAUCAAACUGUAACAGAAUGCAUCAUUUCAAAAUGUAUAUAUUAUUGUAUGUGUGGAGGUGUUUUAUAUUACCGCAAAUCAGUGAAAACCUUUGAGGCUUUUGCAUUUUUUUGUCAAAUGCAACAACUGUUUGUAAUCCACUCAAAUAUAGAAGGAAGAAAAUAAGAACUCCAGUCCACAUGGCUCCUUGUGUUAUACUGCCAGGUCUUUUAGCAAACAACAUGUGUAUGUGAGCAUAUGAUGUCUGUCUUGUUCAGUUGAAGCAAAUAUUAUUGACAUUUUAUAUUUGAAAUGCAUUCAUUAAAUAUGAUUUUAAUAUGUGUACAAAAGCUGUUUAUUAACUUAUUUCCUGGUUUUAUACAUGACAAAAUUAUACAAAAUGGAUGCCUCAGUUUUAUCACAUGAUGAAAUACACAAAAGACCCAAGGCAGGUGGGUCGUUCCACUUAUUAGGUGCCUUUUGAGUAGUGUAAUUUGGUAAACAUAUAUAUAUUUUUUUUACCUCAUUUUAAUAUUCUGUCAUAAAGACCAAAUGUUCAACUUAAUAAAAAAACACUUUUUCCCAUCUCAAUGUUUUUUUAUAUAAAACUAUAGUAAGUGCCUAUUAAAUGCCAAAUAAAGUAACAGGGUUGACCGUAACAGGGUUCAUCUUAAAACUUAAUCUUAAAUCAGCCAUGAAUCCCCUUGUGACUGGGGGGAAAAAAGCUUGUUGUGUGCAACAGGGAGGGGCAAGCUUCACAAAGAAAAUGUAAUUAUAAAAAAAUGGCUCGCCUGUUGAUCUAUGUGCUACAGGGUUAAUGUGUUCUGCUCGACUCGCUCAGUUUUCCUCCACAAAAGACCAGAAAAUGGCCGAAAAGAGUAGAAACGGCUCACCUGCAUUUACACUGUAAUUUUGACUAUUAGAUGUUCACUGUUUCUUUUGAAAAAAAUAUUUGAAAAGGAAUAGUUUCACUAUAUUUAAACAAAGAGUUCAGUUCACAUAACAGGGUUGACAUUAAAAUGACAGACAGUUUUUGUUGUUGUUAAGCUUAAGAUGAAUUACUAAUCACAUGAAAUAAAUAAUCAUCAUCAGAAAUGAGUGUCAAAGCAACGAAAUAACUAGGGCUUUACAAUGAUGGUGAAAACUUGGAGAAUGUUGGGGUUAAGUGGAUUAAAGUCACAGAGGAUGCACAGAGCGACAUGAAUUUUAUGUCUAUUCAUAUAAAAAAUCUGAUUUAUUGAAUUUCCCAUGUGGUCUAUAUUGAAGGCUACUUCAUUUACUAUAACAGGCAAUUCAAUAUUUGUGCACAACUUCUAAUUAAUAUAUCAAAGGGACACAAAAGGCACUCAUUUCAUGGAACGACCCAGGUGCUCUGAGAACUCCUCUCAGUUGAUAACAGGAAAGUACUUAUACUGUUGUUGUGGACAUUUCUGAUACAAUUUCCACGGCGAGGCUGUGAUUCAGUGGUUUUAUGCGACAGCUUGCUACAACAUGCAGACAAUUAUCAACCGAGUUACCGCUUGAUCUAUUCUAGUUCAUCAAAAUACCAAUUAAAGCAUGGCUUAAUGUUGUCCCAAUGUCCAGAGACCAACCUUGCUCAUUACAACGUGCAUGCCAUUUUAGACACUGCCAUUCAACUCCAAAAAAAACGAAUCACAGUCGUAAGCCUGUUUUUAAAGUCAACCUAAACGUUAACAGGACAAUCGCCUUCUAUUGCAUCUUUGUACAAAAAAAAAAAAAACAUGUACAGCUAUUGCAUGUGUUUCAGAACGUUUGUGGAUGUUUUUGAUGUUAUUAAAUUGUUUCACUUUUCAUAA